AUGGACGAUGUGGAUAAAUGUAAGCCGGACCCCCUGAUUGGCCAGGGACCGCUUACGUCAGCACAAGGAGAUCAGCAACGUCGGCGCCAAACGAACCUCACCUUUGCUCAUGGCGACUCGCCCAUCUGGCUCGCCCUGCCCACGAACAGCAACAACCGACGACGCCAGGCCUGCCAAAACAUGUCCGCCGCACGAAAAAGGGUAGGCCAGAUCGUCCGGCAGCUCCCGCGGACAGCUCGCACCUACGCAUCCGACGCCCACGGCCAGCACAAGGCCGCCCAGGUCAACGAGUCUUUCGGGAAAGGGUCCAUCGCCACUGUCGCCGCAUUCUUCGGGGGUGUCUUGUUUUACCAGUUUGUCCCCGAGCACGGCGAGGACUCGUCCGUCUCCAACGUGAUCCACAAGUAUCUCUCACGAAAAGAGGACUGGGAGCAGACCAAUGCCCUACACGCCAAGGCGAUGGAACAGGCUGGAUUCGACCGAAACCUCUUCGAAAACGCCUCCAACAAGCACAGAUUCGUCGACGUUGCGUACCCCGAGGCCAUUCAGUCCCACGCUCCCAGGAACAUCCAGGCUGGCCAUCUUAUGAACCUCGACCAUGUGGUGGACCACUACAGGCGGAGGCAUCUCGAGGAUGAGGAGAGGAAGGCGAAGAAACUGGCCGAGAACAAGGCGUAG